CGUCGGUCACACGUGUGGGGCAUUGAUGCGGCACGUGCCGUUCUGCCGCCCUCUCAUUGGCUUCUACUCAUUGCCUCUCGAUUCUCUCUCUCUCUACAGUCUACACACACUCUCAAAUCCAACAUUCCGUACUUCCCAAAUUCUAGAGCGAGAAAGCUGGACUUUUCACAUUAGUAGAUUACAGCUGUAAAGGCCAUUAUCAAACAUUCAAUCUCGUUCCCUCUACAUCAGAUUGCGAAUACCAAAUCUGCUACCAUUACUGCCAGCUCCAGGUGAGCUGUCAAUUUCCUACAGUGGUCUCUGGGCACUGUCACCUUAGUAACUGGAUGUGCUGUGGGAUGAUUCUGCUCUUCAAACCUGACGAUCUUUACUAAGAUUAUUAUGUGUAAACUGCACCAGGAUGGGCAGUUUUCACGUGACCUUCCAGCAGUUGCUUCUAUGCAUCUUGUUGUUUUACAUUCUGGUUAAGGAAACUGAAUCUCUCAGUCCAGAUGGUCAAGCUCUUGCCAACUUUAAGACAGCCAUAACUAGUUCAGAUGGUAUUUUGGAGCAAUGGAGACUAGAGGAUGAGGACCCAUGUAGUUGGAGAGGAAUAACAUGCGACUUGAAGUCAAGGAGAGUUACGACAUUGAGCCUCCCUAAUCACAGGUUAAGUGGACCGCUAUCGCCAGAUAUUGGGAAACUAGAAAGCCUGGAGUUCCUUGCUCUUCAUGACAACUAUUUAUAUGGGCCAAUCCCUCCAGAGCUGGGGAACUGCACACAGUUGCAGUCAAUAUUUUUACAGGGUAACUACUUAAGUGGGUCGAUUCCAAGUGAAAUCGGGAACAUAUCUCCGCUCGAGAGUUUGGAUUUGUCAAGCAACUCUCUGAGUGGAAACAUUCCUCCAUCCCUUGGGAAGUUGAGCAAGCUUGUGAAAUUCAAUGUUUCAACAAACUUUUUGGUGGGACCUAUAUCUACAGAUGGCGUUCUAGCAAACUUCCAGAAGGAUUCCUUUGUUGGAAACCGGGGCUUAUGCGGCAAGCAAUUACAAAUAUGCAAUGAUAAUGGUAGUGGUUCUUCCCAGCCCACAGAUUCAGCACAUUCCCAAUCCAAGAAGAAAUAUUCAGGAAAGCUUCUUAUUAGUGCACUGGCCACUGUGGGUGCGUUGCUUCUUGUAGCCCUAAUGUGUUUCUGGGGCUGUUUCCUGUAUAAAAGGCUUGGUAAAAAAAAUGACGGCAAAGGCCUUGCAGUGGAUGUCAGUGGAGGCGCCUCAAUUGUAAUGUUUCAUGGUGACCUUCCAUACUCUUCAAAGGACAUCAUAAAAAAAUUGGAGGGUUUAAAUGAAGAGCAUGUUAUUGGUGCCGGUGGCUUUGGAACUGUUUACAAGCUUGUGAUGGAUGAUGGCAAUUUAUUUGCCUUAAAAAGGAUUGUGAAGCUCAAUGAGGGCUUUGAUCGCUUUUUCGAGAGAGAACUUGAAAUUCUUGGAAGCAUCAAACACAAAUACCUGGUGAAUCUUCGUGGAUACUGCAAUUCCCCGACAUCAAAGUUGUUGAUAUAUGAUUUCUUAUCGGGAGGAAGCCUUGAUGAGGCUCUUCAUGAGAGAGGUGAGCACCUAGACUGGGAGACUCGUUUAAAUAUUAUCAUGGGAGCUGCAAAGGGCCUUGCUUACUUGCAUCAUGAUUGUUCCCCUCGAAUUAUCCACCGAGACAUCAAGUCAAGCAACAUUUUACUUGACGGAAAUUUUGAUGCUCGGGUGUCUGAUUUUGGACUGGCUAAAUUAUUGGAGGACGAGGAAUCCCAUAUAACGACCAUUGUUGCUGGGACUUUUGGAUAUCUGGCUCCUGAGUAUAUGCAGAGUGGUAGAGCUACCGAAAAGACGGAUAUCUAUAGUUUUGGUGUUCUGGUGCUCGAAAUUGUGAGCGGAAAGCGGCCAACUGAUGCAUCCUUCAUUGAGAAGGGUCUUAACAUUGUUGGAUGGUUAAAUUAUUUAGUUACCGAAAAUAGGCAAAGAGAAAUAGUCGAUCCACAUUGUGAAAGAGUGCAGACCGAAAGCCUCGAUGCCCUGCUUUCAAUUGCUAUCCAAUGUGUUUCUUCGAGCCCAGAGGAUCGACCAACAAUGCACCGGGUCAUUCAAAUUCUAGAAUCUGAAGUCAUGACCCCUUGCCCAAGUGAUUUUUACGACUCAAGCUCAGACUGAGGUCUCGUUUUUCGUUUCUCGAAAAAAACCAAGUGAGGGUCGUAACAUGCGAUUGGAGCACAGAAGGUACUCGGAGUUUGUUCUAAUUAUAAUCGCCGUGUAAAUUUAUUCAUUAUUUGUUUCGCAAAAAUCGACAUCUACUCGAGUUUGGUGCUAGUUGGUUUUGCUUGUGAUUCGGUUCAUUCAGCUGCCUCAAUGUUGUUUCAUCAUCGUCCCCAUGUAAAUGAUUUUUUUUUUUUUUUCGAUUUCGAUUUCGGCCAGCAGUACUGGUCAGUUUUUGGUUCAGACUUCGAUUUUCUUCAUGUAAUUUAUCUAGAGGAUUUGAAUGUCAAGAUGGUUUUAGAUAUAUAUGUACUGUUUUUAUAUACUGGGAGUGUAGGAUCCUUGUAAUUUGGUUGCAUUGUGUGCAUUAAUUUUGUUACUAUUAUGGUUUUGAAAUGAUUGAUUGUUACAGGAUAUUACGUGAAAGCACAAGUCCUUGUGAUAUACUAUGUCAUUGUUGUGAA